UAUCUCGCUCGUUGUAGUGAGAGCAGCAUGUUCGUGUCCCGUCGCCGUUGGAUCCUCAAAACGUGCGGCAAGACGACGCCGCUGUGCUGUCUGCGGGCCGUUCUUCAGCUAGCGCAGGACACGGCGGGACACUCCCGCGUUGAAAAUGUGUUCUACUCGCGUAGGGAGUUCGCUCGUCCCGCAGCGCAGCUGAAGCCCCAUGAUAACUUUGACUCAGAGGUAGAACUACUGGACUCGUUCUUCGGUGACGGUCGCGCGUACAUCAUGGGCCCGGAGAAAGACUGCUGGUACCUCUACACGCUUCUGCCACUUGAAGGGACUGUAGACGCCCUGGAGAAGGAGCAACAGGACGUGAGCGGCGAGAUCCUGGAGCCGGAUCAGACUAUCGAGAUCCUCAUGUCGGACUUGGACCCAGCCGUCAUGAACAUAUUCACCAGGGCCAACUCUAAAACAGCUGCUGACGCUACCAGAGCAUCUGGAAUCGAUAAACUGAUACCUGGAAUGGUGAUCGACGAUUACCUGUUCGAUCCAUGUGGCUAUUCCAUGAAUGGGGUAGCUAAAGACGGCUGCUACAUGACGAUCCACAUCACGCCGGAGCCGCAGUGCUCGUACGUGUCGUUCGAGUCCAACGUGUCGGCGGCGCGCUACGACGAGCUGCUGGCGCGCGUGCUGGCCGCCUUCCGGCCCAGCAAGUUCAUCGUCACGGUGUUCGCCACGCCCGGCUCCCGCGGCGCGGGCGCCGGGCGGCUGAAGGCGCUGGACGGCUUCUCGCGCGCCGACGCGCAGAGCUGCCGCUUCUCCGGCUACGAGCUGCACUACGCGCUGUACUGCAAGUUCCCGAGCUGAGCCGGCCGCGCGCGCCCGCCCCGCCGCCCGCCCGCGAGCCGCCCGCCCG